AUGUCUCUUGAACUAUAUAAACGAUAUGAAAUUGUUUUUCUCAGAAAAAACAAAUAUGGGGCGAAAUUCGGUAUUAAUCGUAUUGCAAAAUUGGUCAAUUGUAACCGGUCAACAGUCGUUCGUUGGUUGAAACGGUGGGAAGAAACGAAGGAUCUUAGUGAUCGAGAGAGAAAAGGAAGACCACGAAAAACAACAACAACAGAUGAUGAAAUUGUUAUUGGUUUAAUAAGACAAGGUGUUGAUGAAGGAUUAACUAGUGAAAAAAUGCAAGAACAAGUACAAACUGAAGGUAUUAAUGUUAAUCCACGCACAAUACGUAGAAGACUCCGAGAAGCGGGGUUUCGAUAUUUGAAACCUCUCUCAAAACCUCUUCUUAGUGAACAUCAUCAGAAGAAACGUUUAACAUGGGCCAGAUCAUUAAUGAAUUAUGAUUGGAAUCAAGUUAUGGCAACUGAUGAAUCGGUCUUUCGUCUUUAUGACAUUAAAGGAUUUUAUUGGCAACGGCCAGGUGAACGGAAAAUUUGUCGAAAAGUUAAAAAUACAAUUAAAAUAAAUGCAUGGUGUUGUUUAUCUGCUGUUGGUUUCGGACGAAUUGUUUGUUUUAAAAAUAAUUUUAAUAGUACUUUUUUAUGUAAUAAUAUCUAUCAUGAUGGUCUUCUUCCUGCAGCACGCGAACAUUUCGUUCGACCGGAUAUGAGACAAGGAUACUUUCAUAAUAUUGAUGUUUCACAAUGGAUCGAAUCUUUAAAAACAUCUGAAUCGAUUGCUCAAUUUGUAAAUGUUUUUCAAAAUGAUCUUUGUCAAUUAAGUGAAAAAUUACAACAAUUUGUUUUUCUUGAUAUUCAUGGAAGAAUUGAUCUUGAAAAAGUGAAAUUAUAUCGUUCGAUGGUUAAAAAAUGUUUUCCUCAUAGCAAAGUGGAUGUUAAAGUAUCAAGAUUUCGUCUUUGGAUAUAA